UCUCUCAGAGGGCGGCUGGCGGGCUUGAGCGGCGGCCGCCUUUUUUUUGAGGGGAGUUUGUACGUCGCCUUCCCUUGGCAGACCUUCCCUUCUUCGCUUCGUCCGGCCAGAGCGAGCCGCGGAAGGCGCAAAAAGGCUACCCGCCUCCUUUCCUCCCGCCCGCCGGCCGGUCGGCGCCCCUUUUCCCCUCAGCCUCGCCUCCACUCACGGAGACCAACAUGGCGGCGGUGUCGGGGGCCGCCGCGGGCAGCUGUGGGAGCCCCGCCGGGGUCCCGGAGAUGGUGCGCGGGCAAGUCUUCGACGUGGGGCCUCGCUACACCAACCUAUCCUAUAUCGGGGAAGGGGCUUACGGGAUGGUCUGUUCAGCCUAUGAUAAUUUGAACAGAGUCCGGGUGGCGAUAAAGAAAAUCAGCCCUUUUGAACACCAGACUUACUGUCAGAGAACCCUGAGAGAGAUCAAAAUCCUGUUGCGUUUCAAGCAUGAAAAUAUUAUUGGGAUCAAUGACAUCAUUAGGGCUCCAACUAUUGAUCAAAUGAAAGACGU